AUGACGGCGGGAGCAUUAGGGCCUGGGGGAGGGGGACGCGAUGAGACCAGCGGUUCGUUGAAGGGUAAGAGUGGGGCCAGGGGCACACGGUGGUUUCCGUGGGGUUUCUGCGGCGCUUCUCCUCCCCAGCACGCGGUGGCUGCAAGGCCAGCAGGUCGCUCCUUUAAGCGCUUCGCGGCACGCCUCAAACGCGUGGCAAAGCUUCCCGCGGCCCGGCCCGGAGCACAACUGCCGUCAGGCGGCCCGCACCGCGCUCACAGGACGCCGUCGCCCUCGCUGACCGGAAGUCGCCGCUCGCUUCCGCCGCCGCAUUCCACCGUCGCCGUGGCGACGCGGCGCGCGCUCUGCAGGAGGCAUGGUGAGCUGGCGGGAUGGCGGAGUCGGGGCCCGGCGGGACGGCCCGGCGCACCGCCGCUCUCUUGUCUCCCGCAGGCGUCCGCGUGGCACGGCGCGGGGCUGCCGCCGGCGGCGGAGGAGCGGGGCGGGCUGCUGCGGGCCGCCAAGCUGCGGGCGGCGGUGGAGCAGGAGCGGCGGCUGGAAGAGGCCGUGCGAACGGGAGAGGAGCGGAGGCGGCAGAGGGAGCGGCGGCGGCUGCAGGAGGAGCGGCUGGCGGCGGAGCUGGCGCGGCUGAAGCACGAGAAGCUGAGCGAUGAGAAGAUGAGGCAGCAAGUGCGGGAGAACAGUCUUGAACUUCGAGAACUCGAGAAGAAACUAAAAUCUGCAUAUCUGAACAAAGAGCGAGCGGCGCAGAUCGCUGAGAAAGAAGCCAUAGAGUUUGAGAAAAUGAAACGUGAGGCUGAAAUAGCCCAAAAGAUGAAGGAAGAGUAUGAAAGGGCAGCAAAAGAAGAAAGUUUGGCAGAACUGAGGCGAAACGAGGAGAAAAUAAUUUAUCAGCAAGAGCUGGAGAAGCAGCUUGAGGAACAGGAGCGGAAGAAGCAGGGAGUUUAUGACGAGUUUCUGAAAGAGAAACUCAUGAUUGAUGAAAUCAUAAGGAAGAUCUAUGAGGAAGAUCAAAAGGAAAAACAGCUUAAGUUAGAGAAGAUGAGAGCAACUCAGACAUAUAUUGAAGCUUUUAAAAAAGAACAGGCUGUGUGGAGGCAGAGGAAACGGGAAGAGAUGGAAGAAGAAAACAGGAAAAUUGUGGAGUUUGCCAACAGUCAGCGGCAAAGAGAAGAAGAUUGGACGGCCAAAGUUAGAGACAUGGAGGAGAAAAAACAACAACUUCAGGCCAUGAUUGCCCAGAAUCUAGAAAGAGAGCAACAGAAGCGUGACGAAGUGGAACGAAUACGCCAGGAGCUGUAUCUGGAAGAACAACUUGAGACUGAUAGAAAGAAGGAGAUGGCAGAAAUCGAGAUGAGAAUAAGGCAGCGCCUGGAUUUAAGGCAAAUGUACGAAGAGCAGUUAGCUUUGAAGAAGGUAGCGCAGCGAGCCGUGCAAGAGGAGGAAGAAGCCUUCAGACAGCAGAUGCAGGCCAAGUUUGCAGAGGAUGAUCGUAUUGAACAGAUGAAUGCUCAGAAACGAAGAAUGAAACAGCUUGAACACAGAAAGGCUGUGGAAAAACUUAUUGAAGACCGUCACAAACAAUUUAUUGCAGAUAAAGAGCAUGAACUUGAAGAAUGGCAGUUAGAGGAGAAAAGACAAGCAAACAUUCGUGCAGUUGUUGAAGAAGAGAGACAGAAACUCCUGAAAGAACAUGCAUCUAAAUUACUGGGUUAUCUUCCUAGAGGAAUACUCAAAGGCGAAGAUGAUAUUAACAUGCUUGGUGAGGAGUUUAGGUUGGCUUAUCAGAAGAGAAGAGAUGAUCCAUCUUCUGAAGAGAGCUGAAAUUUCCACUGCCUGCCCUCCUGCUUUGCCACUAGAUGUCAUCUGAUUGCUAAUGAAAAUGUCUACCUGCUGUUAACAGCAAGGAACUCGUUUUUAUUCUCAUAAAAAUCUCCAUUUUAAGACUGGAGCUCUGAACUGAAGAACGGCUCAUCUUAUUUAAAUGCACUUAAAUUUUUCAGGAAUAAACUGCUACAGAUUUCUCAAUAAUCUAUCAGCUAAAUACAACUGAGUUAGUGAUGAAGCAGUGUUUGAAAAUGUUUUCUUCAGCCCACGGCAGAAACCUGAAGUAGUGCAAGUUCAGAUGGGUGUCACAUAACAGACAAUACGAUUGUCUUAAUGCACUGUUUCUGUUUGUAAGUUAACGAAGUAUCUACAUUUGCAUUGUACUGUUAAAUAACUAAUCUAAAGGUAGGUAAUACAAAUCACUAAUGGUAGAUCACAAUUACUUUUUCCACUGCUAGCUCACGUGAUUGUGCUAGUAAAAUCUGAGAUGUAAUUCUCAUUUUGAGAUCAGAGUCAUAGAAUCAUAGAAUUGCUCAAGUUGGAAAAGACCUUAAAGAUCAUCAGGUCCAGCCAUGAC